AUGUCUGAUGAAAUUAUUUCAUGGGAGCAGCUAUCGUCGACGUUGGAGAAAGAUUUGUUUCUUUCCUCAUAUCAAAACCGAAUUGCUGCUCUAGAGAAUCUUAUAUCGUACCUCACCAAAUCAGAAAAGGUCGAUAAUACCUCAAUCACUGAAAUUCAAAGUGUACUGCUAAAACAUUAUAGCAAUUUUUUGGAUCUAAAAUCCAUCAAGUUAUCCACCGAGAUCCUUUCACUUACAUUUCAUACAAACAAAGAGUCCUUGGUCAAGUUUGUUCAAGCUUUCAAUAAAUUUGCCACUAAACACAAGUCAUUAGCAUUCAAUGAUCUAACGACAGAUGAUGAUAGUAAGCAUAAGAUCAGAAUACGGAAUUCAAUCGAAAAAUCUACGAGAGGCGCAUUGACCCAUUUAUCAAACGACCAAAUCGCUCAAUAUUUCAAGAUCUUGACCAGUGAUACAGAAAGUUCAAUUGACGCGAUUAUCACCUUGGUUGGUUUAAUUUCUUUGAAUUCCAGCUCAAUUACUGAAGAGGAGAGAAUAUCAGUUAUUGAAUAUUAUAAAAAAGUUGUUUUGGCUUCUAAACUGCCAUUAUCAAACGCUCCAGGUUUGGAUGCCUUUUUCAAUAAAUUUUGCACUCAGGAAGAUUUCAAAGAUUCAAUUUUACCAAGCUUGGAAAAGUCAAUUUUGAGAUCUCCAGAUUUAGCGCUUUCAUUAUCAAAGCAUCUUUUCAAGGCAUUACCAUCCACUUUUGACUUGCCAAAGUAUUUUGUUGAAUCUAAGCUGAUGUCGCAAAUCAUUUCUUCAUACAAAAGCUCAAAAGAAAAUGUUCGCGAUCUUGCUUUAGAAAACUUUGGUAUUGCAGUUUCAUAUGAAUCAACAGAGAAAACAUUGACAACAGUCGUUGAUGAACUACUAAAGGCUUUGAAAUCACUUUCAGCUACUGAUCAAAAGGCUUUAGUUGCUAAGUCAUUGACUUUGAUCCCUUCUAAUUAUGAAGCUGUUUCCAACAAAAUAGUGUCAUCUUUGUUGAACUAUGUUGCGAAGGAUCAAAAUGAAGUUUCAUUGAAUGAAUUGUUGAGCGCCUAUUUCAAACAUUUCUUGUCCUCGUUCCAGAACGGCUGGGCUACUUCCAAUGAUGCUAAGAGCGCUGCUUUGAAAGGUUUUAAAGAUCCAAAACUACAAUUGAGAAAACUAUGGUUCACGACCUUGGGCUCAACAUUACAAAGCUUUGGAUUGAGUGAACAACUGACUCAUUUCCUUUCCGAAAAUUUUGCUGCUUUUGUUUCAUCAUCUGAAGAAGUCUUCAACAAUCCAACAAACAAUUUUAAAGGUAUUACAAUCCCAUAUGUUGUUUCAUUUAUUGCAGGUUUAAUUAAAGGUGCUGAAGGUAGAGAUGAUUUUUUUGCUAAAGCUUUGGCUGAUGACAACAAACCAUCUGUUUUAACCAACCCUAGAGUUUAUUCUAAAUUUACCACCACAUAUGAAAAAUCAUGGUUUGUCAAGGCAUUGUUUGCUGCUACUAAAAAUGUUCAAGUUUCAAGUGUUGAUUUUGGUAAGGCAUGGACUGUUUUUAUCUUAUCAAAUGAUAGUGCUUCUGAAUUGCGCAAUGAAAAUAUUGACCUAUUAUCUAAGGCAUACCUUUUAAACCAAAAAGUCAUUGGAGAUUCUGUCAUUAGUGCUUUACAAGAUUAUUUCCUAAGAAGUGACCAAGCGGAUGAAUACAAUUUGAACAUCAACAUUUCACGUUCCAUUGGAGCUUUACGUGCUAUUGCACCACUUGAAGAAAAAGUCGAUAAAGAUAUUUUGAUUCAACAAUUAAGUGAUGUCAUUGUCGUUGCUCAUCACAAGUCCUUAACAGAUUCUGCAUUCUCAUGGAUUUCCCUUGUAUUGAGCUCUAACAUUGACCCUGGUUUGGUUGCCAAACUGAACCAUAAGACCAUUAUAUCAUCCCUUGCUGAUACUUUAGUUGGUGCUACUGAACAAACAAUUUCCAGUGGUGUCUUCAAUGCAGCCACCGCUGCUGCUUCAACCAUGGCUUUUAUUGAUCCAACAGCAGUUGCUCCAUUAUUGAAAGAGUUGAUCGUUGGUGAUUUAUCAUCUUCUAGUUUGUCGAGUAUCACUGAACAAGAAUUGAAGAUCUGGAGAGCAAAUGAAGGCGAACUUGUCAUUAAUGUCUUGGAAAAUAAGAAAAACAUUGUUGAAAACAAAAACUCUAAAGAUUACGAAACUCGUAAAUGGGAAGAAAGUCUAAGGAAAGAAGUUUCAAAGAAGAAUCAAGCUUCCAAAAAAUUAACCAAAGAAGAGCAAGCUAUUGUCAAUGAACAAUUGGCCAAAGAAUCAGUUGUUAGAUCCCGUGUUCAACAUACACAUAACGCCCUACGUCGCGGUGUUAGUUUAAUUGAUGCACUAUCCAAAACCUCUCAACUUGUUGAUAAUGGGAAAUCUAUUUGGUUUGCUACAGCUGUGGAUAAAUUAUUAGAGAUUUUAAGCGUUUCCAACUGUCAAGAAAUUAUUGGAGAAUUUCCAACCAAAGUUUUUCUUGAUUUAUCAAAUACCGUCACCUUCAAAUUGGGUCCUUUAAGAUUAUUUUUAGGUGUUGCAACUCUAAGGGUUAGUGAAAUUGGCGCUUUAGAAGAUAGAUUCAAAGAAGAAGAUCUGUUAGAAUUAGUUUCCAGACUUUUGUUUAGAGUUAAAUUUCUAUCUGAUCAACAACCUUUUGACUUUUUCAGUUUAAUUUAUGCAUUGCCAUUAUUAACUAAAGUCUUGGAAAGAGGUAAAGCAGUUGCCAUUGCCAAUUCCAAGAAACCUGCUACAAAAUCAGAAUUUGUUGAAGAAGAUAAGGAAGAAGAACAAUUACUAUUGGCUGUUGAAAUUAUUGGAACUCAUGCUGAAUUGUUCAAGAAUACUACUAUCCCUCGUGAGCAUAUUGUUAAUGUGUUGUUAUCACUAUUAGCUCUUCCAUCUAAAGCCAAACUUGCUAAAGAGUGCUUACUAAACUUAUGUCAAUACAUUUCCGUCGAGUUCUCUGAUGCCGAUUUGAAGUUAUUAUUGGCUGGUAUUUUGUCACCUGAGCCAUUUGUCAGGAACACUGUUUUGGAAGCUUUAGAUCAAGAAUUCGACUUGACUGAUUUAUCCUAUUCAGAUGAAAUUUGGAUUGCAUGCCAUGAUAAUGAUGAAGCUAAUGCUGAAAUUGCUUUAACCAUUUGGGAAGAAAAUAAACUAAGUGUGAAGCUCGAAUCUGUCAAAUCUUUACAUGGUUUCUUAGGAAAUGCUGAUAGUGGUUUGCGUUUAUCUGUUGCAAAAGCGCUAGCUGAUGCUAUUCAUAUUGUUGCUAGAGAGCAUGAAACUUUCAAAUCUACUGUUCAAGAACUGUUGGAAUUAUACGUUGAAAAAGCUAAACCAGCUCAACCAUUGUUGGAUGAAUUUGGAUUAGUUAUCAAAUCUCCUCAGGACCAAAAAGAUCAUUGGGAAGAACGCAGUGGUAUUGCAAUAACGUUGAAAUACGUUGCUGACCUUUUCUCUGAUAAAGAACUUAUUGCUAACUUUAUCAAAUUUAUCAUUAAUGAAAAAGCACUCGGUGAUAAAGAAUCAAUCGUCGCAGAGGAAUUCAAAGAAGCUGCUAUUGAAAUCAUCGACGCACAUGGUGCUGGUACCGUCGAAACAUUGAUUCCUGUUUUUGAAGCUGCUUUAUCUACCAAAAAGGGCACUGAAAAGACCGAUGAAACUAUCAGGGAGAAUGUUGUUGUUUUAUACGGUACUCUGGCUAGACAUUUGUCCUCUGAUGAUGCACGUCUAUCCACUAUUGUUGAUAGAUUGUUGAAAACUUUGGAUACCCCAUCUGAAAAGGUCCAAAAAGCCAUCUCAGAAGUUAUUGCACCAUUGGUGCAUUUGUUCAAACCUAAGGUUGGUAACUACAUUCAACAGUUGUUUAAAACCUUGUUUGAAGCUCCAACUAUUUCACGCAGACGCGGUGCUGCCUAUGGUAUUGCAGGUUUAGUCGAAGGAUUUGGUAUUUCUGCUCUUGCAGAAUUUGACGUUAUCCGUAACUUGAGUGAUGCUGCUGAUGAUAAAAAAGAUCCAAAACGUCGUGAAAGUGUGUCAAUAGCAUUUGAGUGUUUGUCUUCCAGUUUAGGUAAAUUUUUCGAACCAUACGUUAUUGAAACUUUACCAAUCAUCUUGAAAAGUUUGGGUGAUGCUGUUCCAGAAGUUCGUGAUUCUACAACCAAUGCCGCCAAGGUUAUGAUGCAAAAUACUACUGGUUAUGGUGUUAAGAAACUAAUUCCUUUGGCUAUUGAAAACUUGGAUGAAAUUUCUUGGAGAUCUAAAAAAGGUUCUGUUGAAUUGUUGGGUUCUAUGGCUUACUUGGAUCCAGCACAAUUAUCUGCUUCUCUAUCUACCAUUGUCCCAGAGAUUGUUGGUGUCUUGAAUGAUUCCCAUAAAGAAGUUCGUAAAGCUGGUGAUCAAUCGUUGAAAAGAUUUGGUGAAGUUAUUCGUAACCCUGAAAUUCAAACAUUGGUUCCAACUUUAAUCAAGGCUAUUGGUGAUCCAACCAAACAUACAGAGGAGGCUCUUGAUGCCUUGAUAAAGACUCAAUUCGUUCAUUAUAUUGACGGUCCUUCAUUAGCAUUGAUCAUCCAUGUUAUCCAUCGUGGUAUGAAAGACAGAUCCGCUAAUACUAAAAGAAAAGCUUGUCAAAUUGUGGGUAAUAUGGCUAUUCUUGUCGAUACUAAAGAUUUGUUGCCAUACUUGCAUCAAUUAAUCUCUGAAUUAGAGAUCGCCAUGGUUGAUCCAGUUCCAAAUACUAGAGCAACAGCUGCUAGAGCUUUAGGUGCCCUUGUUGAAAAAUUGGGUGAAGAACAAUUCCCAGAUUUGAUCCCACGUUUGCUUGACACUUUGUCAGAUGAGUCCAAAGCAGGUGAUCGUCUUGGUUCUGCACAAGCUCUUGCUGAAGUUAUUAGUGGUCUUGGUAUCCGUAGAUUGGAUGAGUUAUUGCCUACAAUUUUGAAGGGUGCUACAAGUCCUCGUGCAUCUACUCGUGAAGGAUUUUUACCAUUGUUAUUAUUUAUUCCUGUUUGUUUUGGUGCUCAAUUUGCCUCUUAUAUUAAUCAAAUUAUUCCUGCUAUAUUGAAUGGUUUAGCGGAUACUGAUGAAUCCAUUCGUGGUACAGCAUUGAAGGCCGGUAGAUUAAUUGUUAAAAACUAUGCUAGCAAAGCUAUUGACUUGUUGUUACCAGAACUUGAAAACGGGUUGCUAGAUGUAAACUACCGUAUUCGUCUCAGUUCUGUUGAGCUUACUGGUGAUUUGUUGUUUCAAGUUACUGGUAUUAGUGGUAAGAAUGAACUUGUUGAAGAUCAAAGUGAAUACUCAGGUGCUGUUAACAAGCAACUUGUUGAAAUCCUUGGUUCAGAACGUCGUGACAGAGUCCUUGCGUUAUUGUUCAUUUGUCGUUCAGACACAUCUGUCCUUGUUCGUAAUGCUGCUAUUGAUAUUUGGAAAUCACUUGUUGCUAAUACACCACGUACUGUUAAGGAAAUAUUACCAACACUCACCAACAUCAUUAUUCGUCGUUUGGCAAACCCUGAUGAAUCGCAACGUCAAAUUGCUGCACAAACAUUGGGUGAACUGGUUCGUCGUGUUGGUGGAAAUGCAUUGCCUCAAUUAUUGCCUACAUUGGAAGAAUCCCUUCAAACAAGUGACUCUGAUGCCAAACAAGGUAUUUGUAUUGCUGUUCAUGAAUUAAUUGAAUCAACUCCUGAAAACCUGAUAUAUGAAUAUCAAGACAUCUUUGUUAAUAUCAUUCGCUCAGCUCUUGUUGAUGCCUCUCCAGAUGUUCGGGAAUCUGCAGCACAUGCUUUUGAUAUAUUCCAAAACACCGUUGGUAAGGUUGCUGUUGAUGAAAUCAUUCCUUACUUGUUGAACAUGCUACAGUCUCCCGAUUCAGAACAUGCUCUUGCUGCUUUACAGGAAAUUAUGACUACAAAAUCAGAAGUUAUCUUCCCAAUUUUAAUUCCAACUUUGUUAGCUUCUCCUAUCGAUGCCUUCAGAGCCCGUGCUCUUGGUUCAAUGGCCGAGGUUGCUGGUAAAGCUCUUUACAAACGUUUAACAACUGUUAUCAAUACCCUUGUGGAAGAACUAGUUAGCGGAAAUGCUGAUGAUGAAACUGUCAAUGAAUUGAAUAACUCAUUUGAUAAGAUUGUCCUUUCAAUUGAGGAUGAUGAAGGUUUACACCCAUUAUUACAACAAAUCUUGUCUUUGAUUAAGGGAGAUGAUUCACGCAAGCGUGCUGUUAUUUAUGAACGUCUUGGACUAUUUUUCACUGAAACCAAAUUGGAUUAUUCAAUUUACACCCAAGAUUUGGCCACUCAAGCUAUUUUAUCACUUGAUGACAAGGACGAAGCAGUUGUUAAAAGCGAUAUUAUUGCAUUAACUGCUUUGACCAAACAGCAAUCAAAAGAAUCAUUGGAGAGAUUGGUCAAACCAGCAAGACAGGCAUUACAAAUCACUGGUGUUGCAGGUCAGGACUUGUAUGGGUUUACUUUACCAAAAGGUCCAAAUGCUGUUUUGCCAAUUUUCUUACAUGGUCUAAUGUAUGGUAACAGUGAUUUGAGAGAAGCCUCAGCUUUAGGUAUCGCAGAUGUUGUUUCUAAAACCCCUGCUGCUAGUUUGAAACCAUUGGUUACUGUUAUAACUGGUCCAUUAAUCAGAGUUAUUGGUGAAAGAUUUUCAAGUGACAUCAAAGCUGCUAUUUUAUAUGCCUUGAACAUCAUAUUUGAAAAGAUACCACAAUUCUUACGUCCAUUCAUCCCUCAAUUGCAAAGAACUUUUGUCAAAUCAUUGGCAGAUGCCAACAAUGAAACUUUACGUUUGAGAGCCGCAAAAGCGUUGGGUACCCUUAUUGAGUACCAACCAAGGGUUGAUCCAUUGGUUAGUGAGUUGGUUAUGGGGGCAAAGAGUGCUGAAAAUGCCGGUGUUAAGACUGCUAUGUUGAAAGCUUUGUUAGAAGUUAUCGCUAAAGCGGGCGAAAAGAUGAGUGAAGCCUCGAAGACCAGUAUUUUGGAUCUUGUUGAAGACGAAAUUUUAGAAGCUGAUGAUAAACUAGCAGUUGCAUAUGCAAGAUUGGUUGGUGCGUUAUCUCGUAUCUUGACUUCAGAUGAAGGUCUACAUAUUUUGAAAUCAAAAGUUUUGGAAACUCCGUUAGAUGGAGGAGAUUCUUCUAAAUUUGGUAUCUUGACCUUAAAUGCAUUUUUGAAAGAUGCUCCAAAUCAUAUUUUCAACAGUGGUUUAAUUUCACAAAUUGUUGCUGCUCUCAUUGAAGCCACCAACUCUAACUCAACUUACAUCAGUGAUAAUGCUGUGAUUGCUAUUGGUAAAUUACUUCUAUUGCAAGAUGAAAAGGGAGCACCAGGUGUAAAAGCUGUUUCAGAAGAAUCUUUUGAUAUCCCAUUCUCACUGUUGGCUGAAUUAGUGAAACAAUUAGCUGUUACAACUUUAAAACCACAAAGCAACUCGCUAGACACUAGAAGAUUGUCACUAACAGUAAUUAGAACUGUCUCAAGACAAAAGAAUUCAAUGUUCAAACCACAUUUGGACGUUAUUGUUCCUUCUGUGUUUGCUUGUGUUAGAGAUACCAUCAUUCCAAUCAAAUUGGCUGCUGAAAAAGCUUACUUGAGUUUGUUCAAUUUGGUUGAAGAUGCCAAUAUGGAUGGGUUCACAAAAUGGUUUGAAGAAGUCACUGGCAAAGGAUCCACCAUUGAUACAGUCAUUGGUACAAAGUUACAGGCAAGAUCAAUUGGUGAUUACACCAAGAGAGUUGCAGUCAGAUUAGCUGGUGUCGAAAGAGAGAGAAUUGCAGCAGGAGGUGAUGAAGAAACAUUAUUUUCUGAUAGAUUUGAAGAUGAGAGAGAGAUAUGGGCCGUUGGGGGUGUUGAUCUUUCAAAUAUUUGA